CCACAAGACGAGUUCCAUCGUUUUCCCUGAUUAUAACUUUUUAGGAACGAUAAUUCAAUAGUUUCCGGUUAGAAAUGCCGGCUUGCCGAAUGUGUUUGCAACCGUGUCUCAGCAACAGGCGUUUGAUGGAUCGAAGCUUCCGUGAAAUGGCCCAGGAUGUCUUCUGUGUGCUGAUUGACGUGUCUCAGCGUAACAUAUCCGUUGCGGCUUGCGAUUCGUGUCAAGGAAAAAUCAACAAAUUUUAUGCAUUCAAACAUAAAUCCCGUCAGCGAGAGCAGGAUCGCAUUGCCAUCCGAUCGCGACCGGCCAGUACCGGAUUUGCGGUUGUGAAGAAUUCUGCUGCUGUCGUUGCGGCUACCAGCGAACGCUGCAUUGGAGGCGCAACGAAACGUUCGAGGUGGCACAGCGAACAAGACUCCGACGAUGACGACGGUAUCGUUCCGCUGGAGUUUGACGACGAGCCGAAAAAGAAGAGCGUUGCAACGAAACGGGUUCUGGUCAGAUUUACUAAAGAGCAGCUAGCUCAUCGAACAAAGAAGGAACUCUACGAGGAACGGCGUACGAUAAUUUGCGAACAGUGUGGCAAACUGGUACCGGAUGUUCGGAUGGAAAGUCACAGGAAUGAACAUCUGGGUGUAAAACCGUAUGUCUGCCCGGAGCCUGACUGUGAAAUGGCUUUUAGGUGCGCGUCCGAUCGCAAAAUUCAUCACCGAAGAAACCAUUCCAACGAACAGUAUCCCUGUGAGAUCUGUGGAAAAGUUCUGAAAAGUCGAUUAUCGCUGAAUUCACAUUCCUACACGCACCGGGAGAAGGAAUUUAAGUGUGAACUCUGCGGAAUGAUGAUGCUUACCAAAUCACGUCUCGAGCUACACAUGCGAGUCCACACGCAGAAGCGUGACUUCCAGUGUCCGCACUGUCCAAAAUCGUUCUACGUCAGAACGGUGCUCACGCUGCAUCUCCGUAGCCACUCCGGGGAAAAACCGUACGUGUGUCACGUCUGUGAUUUUGCAAACUCGCAUCGGAUAUUGUACGUGAAGCACAUGAAGAGAUUCCACCCAGGAGAGGAAAUCUACAAGCUAUGCGAUAUGCCGAAAAUUGUCAAAAAAACUGAAACGAACUGAGCGUCAAAUGUUAAUAAAUCUUGCUUUCGAUUCUAUCAUAUCACGUUCAGUAUCAUA